CAUUAAAUGGAGAAAUUUGAGCUGAAAUUAUAAAUUUUUCCUGAUAGUCAGAUCGGGUGGAAAAGUAAGUAGUAGAAGAAAUGCCCGUCAGGAGAUACAGCAAUACAUUAAUAUCAACUUGGACGAAAUUUUUCACACUAGCAAAGGAAGGUAUGCGAUGGAUACAUGCAGGUUCAUCAAUGGACGAAGCAAAAGAGAUCUUAGCAAACUAUGUAUUUGAUCAUCUGCCUCAAAAGCAAAAAUUUGAGAAUGAAUGUGAUCCUAGUGAUGGACGUCUCGCGCUGAAACAGAAGGAUGACGGAAGCUUCGAAUUCAAAUGUAACCAAGACAUCGUUCUGCCGAAUUUCCAGGACAUCAACAACGAUCUCCAGUUACUUGACAGAUCCUAUAGGGAAACUACGUGUUUCAUUUAUGGACAGAAUUCACCUAAUCUGAUAGGUCAAGACGAAUAUGAGAUCAAGAAAUUUUUUCCAAGUGCCAAACUUUUCGGUAUAAGCGACGCAAGCCACGAAGUGCACAAAAAAUAUCCUUUGCCAUUCACAGAAGCUUUACUUGUAUUUAUUCAAGGAGGAUGGAAUAAAAAGAUGCAUACCAGACCAUAAUUUUAGUCUGUACAUCUUAAAAUGUUUUUUUUCCUUUGUAAAUAACCUCUCAAUACUCCUCAU